ACCACCCCUGCGACCUUGACAUGGCCAGAAUACCUUGCAAUCAAACGAAACAAACGGAAGUGGCAGAUGGCUGUUACGUUUCCCUCCGCAAUGCUGGGCUUCGUGGGCGGCGUGGCUUACUUCGGGACUCUUGAAACAGAUCCAAUGAAACCCGUUUUCGGCAUCGACCCAUUCUUUUUCUACGGAAUCUGCACUCUAGGUUGCGUUGGUGUUGGCGCGAUAUUGGGGCCAACAGUUGGAACCGCAUUAUGGCGUUUUACUCACCGGAGAUCUGUCCACUUAAUCGACUCCAAAGAUCAUCAAUUCUUUCAGCGAAUAGCAAAGAACAGAGUGGAUGCCUCACUUCAGAGUCCCACUGCACCUGUACCAGAUUAUUAUGGUGAGAAAAUUGGUUCUCUUCACCAGUACAGACAGUGGCUACGUGAUCAAGGAAAGUAUAAGCGGAAAGCAGUA